AUGCAUCUCUCCCCCCGCGUCGCCGCCGCGAUCGCUCUCGCGUCCGUCCUCCUCCGCUUCGUCCUCGCCGCGCGCGGAUGGGGCGAGAUCCUUCACGCGCGUCCAGAGCUUUCCAGCGCGGUGGACGCCGCGACGCGCCUGCGCGAGGGCGACGCGCUGCGCCGCCUCGGGCAGUCCCCGUACGCCGGGAGCGCGCUGCACGCGCCGCCGCUGCUCCUCGCCGCGCUCGCGCCGCGCAUCGCGAGCGCGCCGACGAUCGGAACGCGCGCGGUGGCGCCGUUCGUCGUCUUCGACGUCCUCGCCGCGUUCGCGCUCUUCUUCGCGUCUCGACGGAUCGAAGCGCGCCGGAUCGUCUGGUCGCGCGCAGGCUCCGCGGGCGGGCCCGGCGCGUCCGCGGCGGCGAAGCGCGAGGCGUCGAGGCGCGUCGCGUCGACGCCGUGGACGGUCGCUGCGCUCUCGCUCGCGAACCCGCUCGCGAUCGCGUCGUGCGUCGCGUGCUCGUGCGCGGGCCUUCGGACAGCCGCGCUCGCGUUUCUCAUCUUCGGCGCCAGCUGCGGGAAUCCGCACGUGGCCGGGUUCGGGCUCGCGACGAGCGCGUACCUCGGAGGGAUCGCCCCGCUCGCGAUGCUCUUCGCGCCGACGGCGAGCGCAAUCGCGAAGGGCGGCGCGGAGGGGCACCGGCCGGGGGUGGACGGCGGGAUGCGCGGGCGGGAGAUCGCGCGGCGGAGCGCGGCGGAGGUCUCGGGACACUCCCCGGCGACGGCGACGGCGAAACUCUUCGCGUGGACGACGACGUGGCUCUUCGCGCUGACGUGGCUGUCCACGGAUAUACUUCGCGGCCACGCGUCGUUCGACGAUUGGUUCAGAGCGUGCUACGUGUACUUGCUCGUCCCGGACGACCUCGCGCCGAACCUGGGCGCGCACUGGUACUUCUUCUCGGAGCUGUUCGACCACUUCGUCGGGUUUUACCGGUUCGUGUUCGCGUUCUUUCCCGCGUUUCUCGCGACGCCGUUGACGAUUCGGUUCAUCGACAGCCGUCCGACGUUCGCGAUAUUCGGCGUGACGUGUCUCGGAUGCAUAAUGCACCCGUACCCCACGCUUGGGGACGCGGCGAGGUAUCUGUCGCUCCUGCCGUUGUUUUCGGAGGAAUUGGCGGCGUUCCAUCCGGGCGCGGCGUUCGCCGUCGUCGCCGGCUUUUUCUACGUUAUUCUGCUCUCGCCGAUAUUCUGGCGGCUCUGGAUCGUCGACCGCGUCGCGAACGCGAACUUCUUCUACGCGGUGACGUUGACGUACUUCGCCGUGCAGAGCGGUCUGUUCAUCGAGUGCGCGAGGGUCGUUCUGAGGCACGACUUUUCGACCAAGGUGGCGUUGGGUCUCGACAAGGAGAGUCUGUUGCGAGCCGCGGCGGCCGCGGAGGGGGGGUCGGACGACGACGACGACGACGACCACCACCACGACCACGCGGACUGA